AGCCAGAGAAUGGAGCCAACCCCAGCGUCAGAAGACCGCUUGCCGCAGCAGGAAGUGAAGCGCCUUGUUCAGGAAGCAAUGACAACAAAGGGUUUUCCUCCCGUGAUGAGAUACCCAGAAGCUGUACGGGGUGACUACCUUUUGUCUACACUCUUCUCCUGGCCUAUUCUAGUGUGGGUUCCUGAGCGUCUCCAGCCAUCGAUGAAACCAUUCUGUACAAUUUCUGGAUGUACGUGCACGCCACGAGUAAAAGAAUACAAGCAGCGUGUGGUGGAGGAGGUGGAUACAAAGUGUCACCUUCUCUAUGUCAAGUACCAGUGUACUGGAGCCAACAAAAUUUUCUUUUCGACUGUGUCGUCUGCGUACUUACAGCGCGAGGUUCGGUUACUUGUACAUUUUCCUUAUAUUUUGACGAAGAAAUUUGGUUUGUCAAAGGAGGUGAUGGAGCUGGUGCAGGAAGGCAUGCUAUCUCCACACGGUCUUACUAGUACUGUGGAGAAUAUGAAGAGAAGACGGGAAAAACGGUACUACAUGUUGCUAUCGCUAUUUGCUGAUCGAGUACGGCAGAACCAACUUGGCAAUCCGACGUAUAUGGCACCGAAUCCAUCGAUUGUGGCCCAAUACUGCUCGAAACAAACCCAAUUGGGCCGGAGACACUGUCUGCAGCGUGGUUACAGAUUUCUCAAAUUUGGAGUUCUGUGUGUGAGGUGAUGAUGCGUCGCCUCCAAGUUAAGAAGGUACUACGCAUCGACCACUCAGUAAAGUUUUGUAAGCGGCUCAAGGUUUGGCCUGGAGGCACAGGUAAAGGGAGAGCAUGAAGGACGCAAAGAUGUUGCAACUUUUUCAGAACGAGAUUGGACAAAUUAUUGGCCGCAGACUACCCCGCUCAGAAAACAACAAAGAAACGCGAGCAUUAUUUGAGCACGUUAAGAGCGUUGUUCAUACCGACACUGGUGGCGAAGAGCAGUUCGUUGUAAGUGAUAACGCAAAUGCGGUUCGGAGCAUGGUUAGUGACGUUUUUGGAGCUGGUGUUGGUGUUCGCCAAGAUCUUUUCCACGUCGUUCAGCGCUUCACUGAAAAAGUUAAAGACAAGACCGAGAAAAAACUUUGGCCAAACCAAUGCAACAACCCAAUUAAGAACAUGAACGAAGGCCAACCCUCCCAACCCAAAAGGCCCAACCGAAUAAAAAAACUGUGGGCUCUGUUUCGUCCAGACACCUCAAUUGCAGUGAUCACGAAUGGAUGGGCACGUUGAAUAACAACCUGGAGCAGAUAAAAUGAGGGGACCUGUACGUAGAGAAUAAUACCUACAAGGAGGGUGGCGGCCCAGAAAUCUGAGUACUCUCCACCAGUCAGCUUGAAGGAUUUCACUCCGCGUUGAAAAAGUUGUUGGCCAGAUCUGUGUCUGCUGAGGUUGGCCUUCGAAUUUUGGACGUCUUCAUCCUACGACACAACUUAAAGGUCGGCGCGAAAUACGCCCACAACCCACCGCUGGAAUACUCAGACAUUCUUACCUUGUCUCAGACCGCAAGCUGGUGCCGUGGUGUAGUUCCAGACUCCCCCAACUUGAGUUUGUAUCGAAGCUCCUAUCAGAGCCGCUUCCACGGCCACAGUACCGCUCCGUAACGGAUCAUGACUUUGGAUUCGAGCAGUGGGGCCAGCUAUUCGAGACAGCUCGCGUCGACUCGGCA